AUGAGUAGCGGUAUUGAAUCAAUUGGACCUCCAUCUUCAUCUAUACCAUCUUCAAUACCUACAUCCAUAUCUACGUCACUACCUUCAUCCGUACCUCCUGCUCAUUCAUCCAUAACUCCAACCACCAGAGAAUCAUCUAUUACUGUUGCCGUACGUGUAAGACCAUUCACAGAAUCAGAAGAAAUAAAUCUCAUCAAACAUGAUAACGAUACUUUCUUCCUUGGAGAUGGAUCCUUAAGUUCCAACGUAUCAGAUACCCCCUCUAAAAAAUCAUUAUUUUCCCCCAGAGGAAUCCGAAAUAUUCUUGAUGUAGCAGAUGAUAAAAUGUUAAUUUUUGAUCCUCCUGAAACUAAUCCUUUAAAUACCAUGCAAAGAAAUGCAUUUCCGAAUGGAGUCAAUGGAUCAUCAUCUCGUAUCAAAGAACAUAGGUUUGUAUUUGAUCGAUUGUUUGAUAUGCUGGCAUCUCAAACUGAUGUUUAUCAUCAUACCACUCGUCCUUUAUUAGAUAGUAUAUUAGAUGGAUUCAAUGCUACCGUUUUUGCCUAUGGUGCUACUGGAUGUGGGAAAACUCAUACUAUACUGGGGAAAUUAGAUGAUCCAGGAGUUAUCUUCUUAACUAUGAAGGAAUUAUAUCAAAGAAUUGAUGAUUUAAAUGAUUCUAAAAUUAUUGAUAUUAGUUUAUCAUAUCUUGAAAUUUAUAAUGAAACUAUUCGAGAUUUAUUAAAUCCUCAAAUUGAUCAUAAAAAAUUGAUUUUAAGAGAAGAUUCUCAAAAACGAAUAUCAGUAUCAAAUUUACUGAUUCAUAAACCUCAUAAUGUCGAAGAAGUUAUGGAAAUGAUUCUUAGAGGAAAUGAAAAUAGAACCAUAUCACCAACGGAAGCUAAUGCUACUUCAUCUCGAUCUCAUGCUGUAUUACAAAUCAAUGUGAUCCAAAAGAAUAGAACCGCAGAUUUAAAUGAAGAACAUACAUUUGCAACAUUAUCAAUUAUAGAUUUAGCUGGUAGUGAAAGAGCAGCAGCUACUAAAAAUAGAGGAAUUCGAUUAAAUGAAGGUGCCAAUAUAAAUAAAUCAUUAUUAGCUUUAGGGAAUUGUAUUAAUGCUCUUUGUGAUCCCAGAAGAAGAAAUCAUGUUCCAUAUCGAGAUUCAAAAUUAACCCGAUUAUUAAAGUUUUCAUUAGGAGGUAAUUGUAAAACGGUUAUGAUUGUUUGUGUAUCACCACUGUCACAACAUUAUGAUGAAACUUUAAAUACUUUAAAAUAUGCUAAUAGAGCUAAAGAAAUUAAAACUAAAUUAAUUCGAAAUUUACAUAAUUUAGAUCGUCAUGUGGGAUCAUAUUUAAAAAUGAUUACGGAACAAAAACAAGAAAUUAUAGAAUUAAGAUUAAGAGAAUCGAAAAUUGAAUCAUCAAUCAUUCAAAAACAAAAACUUAUAAAUGAAAAAUGUUUACAUGUAUUAUUAGAAAAUAUUGAAAUUAUAAAAACAUCAUUAAAUAAACAUCAAAAUGAAAAAUGGAAGAAAUAUUUCAUAUUAGCCAAACGGAAAUUAUUAAUUUCACAAAGAAUUCAAAUUGAAAUUUUAUUAUCAGGAUUCAAUAAUAUCAAUUUAAGUCUAGCUAAUUUAUGUGAACAAGUAUUAGUUAAGAUUGAUCAACAAAUUCCCGAAUUAGAAUCUCAAUAUGGUAAAUCGGAUGAUAUUGAUUAUAUCUUUAAUGAAACUAGUAAUCAAAUUUUAAAUCGAUUAAAAGAGUAUGAAGGUUGGUCUGAUUAUUAUUCUUUAAUUUUUCAAAAAUUUCUUGAUUCAUUACAUGAAUCAUUUGAUAGAGAGAUUUUAUUUAAUUCUUCGAUUCUUUUCGAUCAUUUGAUAUAUAAAUUAAAAGACUAUUCAUUCAUCCCGAAAGAGUUGACCCGUGCUAUAAAUAAUGAAGAUUCAAAUUCAAUCGAAACCCAUAUCUUAUCAUCAUUAGAAGAUUUAGUUAAUGGAGAAUUUGAUUCUGCUAUUGAAAAAUAUACUACUGAAUUCAUGCAACAAAAAUUAAAAGAUCAACAAGAUGAUGAUUUACAAAAUACACCACUCCCUAAUGAUUAUCAUGACAACCACAACAAUAAUAAUGAAAAACUUAUCCAUAAUGUCCCUAAUUUAUCUAAACCAAGAGAAGGUAAACGAGCUCCAUUAUCACCAUUAAGAGCAUCACCACCUAGGAAUUUCAAAAGGUCAAUUAGUAAAAAACCUAUAACUCCUAAAUUCUCCCCUCAUAGAUCAAAAGCGAGUAAGAAAGUUCGAUGGGAUAUACCUCGGAGUGAUACUAGUAUAUUAACUCAAGAUCAAGAACCAGGUGAAGUAACCAUGGAUGAUGAAGAGGAAGAUGAACAGGUUAAUAAUACAUCUACUUUAAAAAGUGAUUUUGAAGAUGAUUCUCCAUUAACGAAUACCAUUCUUAAUAGUAGUUUGUUAAAUGAUGAUCUUGAUGAUGAUGAAGGAAAUAAUACUACUAUGGAAUCACCACCUUUAUUAUCAAGUUCAAAGAUUAAUCCAAAUGGUAGUCUUAAUGAUAUUAAACCUCGAGCUCGGAUAUUUAGUAAUCGAAGAUUAUCGAUAAAUUUAAAUGAUCAUCAACCAUCCAGCUCAAGUAAAUUACCCUUACUUAAUAAAGGUGCAAGUAUAAAAUUACAAGAUACAAAUAAUAUACUAGAUGACUUACAUCCACCAUCAUUAAUCUCAAAUUCCUUACCUACAUCACCUAAGAAAUUAAUCAUAUCAGGGACUCCUACAAACGUUAUAAACCAUUUUCCUGUGAUUGAAUCGCGUAUAGGUGUUAAUAGUCAAGGCUCUGAUAAAGUAGAUUAA